AUGGGUGAUUUGUGGGUGAACUGCACUGAUGUGGCGUUUAACUUAAUUCAGCAUCAUCCUGAAUUAACUAUAGCUAGGGAUGAAAAUGGAGAGACAAUUCUUCAAAAACCUUUGGCAUUUGUAAGUGGGAGCCGGCUUGGAAUUUGGCAGAGGUGCAUUUACUCAUUGCCAUGUAUAAGAGCAGUCCUUAAAAGAAAGCUAACACAUCUCCAAGCCUAUGAAUUGGUGAAACGACUUUGGAAACUAGUGUUGUUUCUAGAUAACUCAAAAAUUGGAGAACUAAUUAGGAAACCUUCUCAUUUGUUGUUUACUGCUGUGGAAAAAGGGAAUGUUGAGUUCAUAACUGUGCUGAUUAGAAUGUGUCCUGAACUUAUUUGGAAGGUUGAUGAUCCCAGUCAAAGCAUAUUUCAUAUUGCGAUGGUUCAUCGACAAGAAAGUACUUUUACUCUCAUACAUGCCAUCGGUGCUCAUAAAGAUCUGAUAGUAGCUUAUAAAGAUAACAAGAAUAACAUGUUGCAUCUGGCUGGAAAGCUAGCGCCUCCUGAUCGACUCAAAAUAGAUUCCGGUGCAGUUUUGCAACUUCGACGAGAGUUGCAUUGGUUCAAAGAAGUUGAAAAGGUUGUCCAACCAUCUUAUAUAGAGUCCAAAAAUUCAGCCAGGAAAACACCUCAUAUCUUGUUUUCGGAGAAGCAUGAGAAACUUCUGCGAGAGGGAGAAAAGUGGAUGAAAGACACUGCAUCUUCAUGUAUGCUUGUUGCGAUGCUUAUUGCCACUGUGAUGUUUGCUGCGGCCUUCACUGUGUCUAGUGACAAUAACAAUCCUACAGGCAAGCCUAUUUUUCUACAUCAAGUAUCAUUUCUUAUUUUUGCAGUAUCAGAGACAUUGGCGCUAUUCUGCUCUGCCACUGCAAUAUUAAUGUUCUUGUCCGUUCUCACUUCACGCUACGCAGAAGAAGGUUUCAUGCACUCAUUACCAAACAGAUUGAUAAUAGGGCUCACAACCCUCUUUAUCUCUAUUGCCACCAUGAUGGCAGCAUUUGGAGCCACUCUUUUCAUUGUUCUUGCUGAUGACUUUUCUUUUCAUCAAUAG